AUGGGACUGUUAAAUGCCGAUGACGAAGUCAGUGAUGUGUGCACCGAGUUGAUUUUUUAUGUGAACGGGAAAAAGGUAAUAGAAUCAAAUCCAGAUCCAGAAUGGACUCUCCUGUGGUAUCUACGCAAGAAGUUACGUCUUACUGGAACGAAGCUAGGUUGUGCAGAAGGAGGCUGCGGGGCAUGCACAGUUAUGAUCUCAAAAUAUAGCCGCAAGGAGAAAAAAAUUGUUCAUCUAGCGGUAAAUGCGUGUUUAGCUCCCGUUUGUGCUAUGCAUGGUUUAGCCGUCACAACGAUAGAAGGAAUCGGUUCUACUAAAACAAAACUCCAUCCAGUCCAAGAAAGACUCGCCAAGGCCCACGGUUCUCAAUGUGGAUUUUGUACGCCGGGUAUAGUUAUGUCCAUGUACAGUUUGCUGAGAAGUUGUAAGAAAAUUAAAUAUUCAGACAUGGAGGUCGCUUUUCAAGGGAAUUUGUGUAGAUGUACUGGCUACCGAGCUAUUAUAGAGGGUUAUAAGACGUUUCUUGAGGAUUGGGAAACAAAUCGAGUACCAAAUUUUAACUCUGAACAGUCUAAGAACGACGUAUGUGCAAUGGGUAAAGAUUGCUGUAAAAAUAAGACUGAUAAUACUGAAAGUGAUCAUAUUUUCGACAAAUCAUCAUUUUUACCAUAUGAUCCGAGCCAAGAACCUAUAUUUCCACCUGAAUUAAAGUUGUCAUCGGUUUAUGAUGAACAAUAUCUGAUAUACCGCGGGAGCAAAUCCGUUUGGUAUAGACCACCAACACUUAAAGAGUUAUUAAAUUUGAAGCAACAGCAUCCUGAUGCUAAAAUAGUAGUAGGAAAUACAGAAGUCGGAGUGGAAGUAAAGUUUAAACAUUGUGUGUAUCCUGUGAUAAUUAUGCCUAAUUGUGUACAAGAGAUGAACUCGGUGGUAGAGACAGAGACAGGACUUACCGUCGGCGCAUCAGUUACGUUAAUGGAAAUGGAGAAUAUAUUUAGAAAAUAUAUAGAUUGUUUACCUAAAUAUAAAACAAGGACGCUGACAACUAUUAUAAACAUGUUAAACUGGUUUGCGGGCAAACAGAUAAGAAAUGUUGCAGCGAUCGGUGGCAAUAUAAUGACCGGGAGUCCAAUAUCAGAUUUAAAUCCCAUUUUAAUGUCUCUGAAAAUAAAACUUAAUCUUCUUAGUGAAAAAGAUGGCCCUCGCUCUGUUUUGAUGGAUGAGACGUUUUUCACAGGGUAUAGAAAGAAUGUAGUGAAACCUUAUGAAAUUUUACUUUCUAUAGAAAUUCCAUAUUCAACUAGAUAUCAAUAUGUGAAAGCAUAUAAGCAAGCGAAGCGCCGUGAAGAUGACAUCUCAAUAGUUACAGCAGCUAUUAACGUUGAGUUCGAGUCUGACACAAAUAUAAUAAAAAACAUAAAUUUGGCGUUUGGGGGCAUGGCACCCGUAACUAAAAUAGCAACAAAAUGUGGUGAAUCUUUAAAAGGUAUGAGUUGGUCUGAAGAUAUGCUUGAAAAGGCUUAUACGUAUUUGUUGGAUGAGUUGCCAUUAGGCCCAUCAGUACCAGGAGGCAAUGUUCUUUAUAGACGUGCAUUAACUAUGAGUUUGUUCUUGAAGGCGUAUUUAGCUAUAGCAAAAGAAAUAUCACAAGACUAUAUAAAGGAUGAAUUUAUUCCGUCAUCUCAUAGCAGUGGUGCGGAGCAGUUUCACGGUAGCAUUCCAAAGAGUUCUCAGUAUUUUGAGUUGGUAGGCGAUAAGCAAGUUAAGACAGAUGCAGUUGGUAGACCGAUACCACAUGUGUCCGCUUUAAAACAGGUCACAGGUGAAGCAAUUUACUGUGAUGAUAUACCUAUGGUGGAAGGGGAAUUGUAUUUAGCAUUCGUUCUUAGCUCAAAAGCACACGCCAAAUUAGUAUCAGUCAAUCCAAAUGAAGCUUUAAAGCAGCCGGGUGUUGUGGCAUUUUUUUCAGCAAAAGAUUUAACGGCAGAUCAAAAUGCUAUUGGCCCAAUUUUCCAUGACGAAGAACUUUUUGCAAGUGAAAAAGUAAUCAGUCAAGGACAGACUAUUGGUGUCAUAGUAGCCGAAGAUCAACAAACAGCGCAAGCAGCAGCCAGAAUGGUUAAAGUAGAAUAUGAAGAAUUGCAACCAAUUAUUAUUACAAUAGAGGAUGCAAUUAGACAUAACUCAUUUUACAAGCAAUAUCCCAAAAGUAUACGCAAAGGAAAUGUAAAACCUUUCUUUGAGGAUCCCAAUUAUAUUGUUAUAAAAGGCGAAUGCAGAAUGGGUGGGCAAGAACACUUUUAUUUAGAAACUCAUGCUGCGUUUGCAGUUCCAAAAAAAGAAGAUGAUGAGCUGGAUAUAUUUUGUUCCAGCCAGCAUCCUUCAGAAGUAGCGAAAUUAGCCAGUCACGUCCUCCACGUACCGAUGAAUAGAAUUGUAGCUAGAGUAAAACGUAUGGGUGGAGGAUUUGGUGGAAAAGAAUCACGUGGUAUUUUAAUUUCUUUGCCAGUGGCACUAGCUGCACAUAAACUUCAAAGACCUGUACGUUGUAUGCUUGAUCGAGACGAAGAUAUGCAAAUGACUGGAACAAGACAUCCUUUCUUAGUUAAAUAUGAAGUGGCAUGUACUAAGGAAGGUAAAAUUAUGGCAGCAGUUGUUAAUAUUUACAAUAAUGGAGGUUAUUCUAUCGACCUCUCUGGUCCUGUUGUAGAAAGGUCUAUGUUACAUUUUGAAAAUGCUUACUAUAUACCAAAUUGCGAAGUGACUGGCUAUGUGUGUAAAACAAAUUUGCCAUCUAAUACUGCUUUCCGUGGAUUCGGCGGCCCUCAAGGAAUGUUUGGCGCUGAAAACAUUAUGUGGGAUAUAGCGAGUAAAUUACAGAAAUCGCCAGAGGAAAUAAGAAAAAUUAACUUAUACCAAGAAAAUUUAACUACUCACUAUGGUCAAAUUUUGACGCACUGUACUUUACAAAGAUGUUGGGACGAGUGUUUAGAAAAAAGUGAAUUUAUUCAAAGAAAAACAAAUAUUAAAAACUUUAAUAAACAGCAUCGUUGGCGUAAGCGCGGUAUAUCAAUAAUUCCAACAAAAUUCGGUAUUGCUUUCACAGAAAAAUUAUUGAACCAAGGUGGCGCUUUAGUCCUAAUCUACACCGAUGGAUCAGUUCUUCUUUCACACGGUGGUACAGAGAUGGGGCAAGGUCUUCAUACUAAAAUGAUUCAAGUUGCCUCGCGAGCUCUUGGUAUUGAUAUUUCCAAAAUUCAUAUAACCGAAACAGCUACCGAUAAAGUUCCGAAUACGUCUGCAACAGCAGCUAGCGCUGGAUCAGAUCUAAACGGAAUGGCUGUUCUUGAGGCUUGUCAAAAGUUGAUGAAACGUCUUCAGCCGUACAAAGAUAAAAAUCCCAAUGGCAAGUGGGAAGAUUGGGUAUUAGCAGCAUACCUUGAUCGAGUUAGUCUUUCAGCAACAGGAUUCCACGCUACACCAGAUAUAGGAUAUGAUUUCAAGAGUAAUACGGGAAUUCCUUUCAAUUACUUUACAUAUGGAGUAGCCUGUACCGAGGUAGAAAUUGAUUGCCUUAGUGGCGAUCAUCUUGUUGUUAGAAGUGACAUAGUUAUGGAUUUAGGAGAAAGUUUAAAUCCAGCUAUAGACAUCGGCCAAAUUGAAGGUGCUUUUAUUCAAGGUUAUGGUCUAUUCACUAUGGAGGAGCUCAUCUAUUCUCCUACUGGGACGUUGUAUUCUCGUGGACCUGGAGCUUAUAAAAUACCAGGUUUUGGCGAUAUUCCACAAGAAUUUAAUGUGUCUUUGUUGAAAGGAGCUCCUAAUCCGAGAGCAGUUUAUUCUUCCAAGGCGGUAGGUGAGCCUCCCCUAUUUCUGGCGAGCUCCGUUUUCUUCGCUAUAAAAGAGGCAAUUCGAGCAGCCCGUCUAGACGCUGGAGCUUCUCCCGACUUCACUCUAGAGUCACCGGCCACGUCUGCGCGCAUACGCAUGGCUUGUGAAGAUCAUAUUACUAAAAGGCUUCCCCGCCCGGAGCCAGGCAGCUUUGUACCAUGGAACGUAGUACCU